AUCCGAAAAAGAAAAUAAACGAGAAUGGGUGCAGAGGAAGAGCAGCGGCUGGAAACAAAGGGAGGUGGGCCCGUGGAAAGGCCCAGGCUCAUAUCGGAGUCCCAAUUCCUCUCAUGGAAGCGCCAGAAGGAAGCCGACUCAUCUGCUAGAAAGGCAGAAGUGGCACAGAAACGUGCCGAAGAUAUAACGGCAGGAACAAUACAAAUGAAUGGUCGUGAACUUUUCCAGCACGAGCCUUCGGUAUUUGAUAAUACCCGCUACUAAUGUUCUUGAGAUGAGCUCCAUGGACUGAAUUGCAUGUCACCGACAUUUUGUUGUCCAAUUUACAGGUUCAUUUCUGGAAUGUACUAUAGAAGUGAUCAUGUCAAAUGGAUACAACUAAGAAAAACCGUUUAACGGUGACGCUUGAUCCAUUUUGCCUCAAAUACCCUUCUUUUUUCUUUUUUUUUUUUUGGUUGGAAGUUUAUCAACUGCAUGAGUCGUAAAAUAUGGGGAUCAACCUGGGUCCUAAACCUCAGGACUACAAUGUUUCACUCUUGAAUUGUUGACAUUGAAGAAAAUGAUUUCUGAUGAAAUGUUAUGACUUGAAAUCA